AUGAUUCCAAUCAACAUUUCACCAGCGACUGUUGUCCUCUGCGGCUCCAUAGUCACAGUAUCUAUCGCCUAUGUUAUCUUUGUAGUUGGCCAUAGACGGAAGGGUUUUCCUCCGGGACCGCCGACUUUGCCUGUUAUCGGAAAUAUCCACCAGCUUCCUACUACAGGUGCCCACUUCAAAUUUACUGAAUGGGCGCAGAAAUAUGGUGGAAUCUACUCUCUCAAACUUGGAACGGGCACUGCUCUCGUUAUCACAGACCGAGAGAUUGUCAAAAAGUUGAUGGACAAGAAGAGUUCUAUUACUUCUGACCGACCGCCAUCAUAUGUAUCCUAUGACUUGAUCACCAAAGGCGAUCACUUGCUUGUGAUGCACUACAAUGAAACUUGGAGGAAAAUUAGAAAGUAUAUGCACCAGUUUUUCAGAGAAAGCGAGUGUGAGAAGAAGCAUAUUACUCUUCAAGAUGCAGAGGCGACACAAAUGAUGUUGGAGUUUCUUGAGACUCCGGACAAUCAUAAUCUUCACACCAAACGCUUUAGCAACAGCAUCAUAUCCACUCUUCUAUUCGGGCUUCGAACACCAACCUACGAUAGCCCUCAUGCGAAACAUCUCUACGAUAUAAUGGAGCGUUGGUCUGCGGUUAUGGAGCCCGGGAACACCCCACCAGUGGAUAUCUACCCAAUUUUCAAGUAUAUCCCAGAGAGCUUGUUCGGGAACUGGAUUUCGAGAGCAUCUGGCGUCGGACGCGAUAUGGAGCGAUUGUAUGCAAACAUGAUAUCUCAGUUCAAGAUCAGAGCUGAAGACCCCAAGAUUUCAAGGACCCACGAGAGCUUCUUUGACAUUCUUUUGAGAGAGCAAGAAAAAACUCGCGAAUUUACCGAUCACGAGAUUGCGUUUAUUGGAGGUGUUCAAUUAGAAGGUGGCAGCGAUACCAGCGCAAGUAUUUUGACUGCAUUUGUCCAGGCCAUGGUAAAUUGGCCAGAGGUACAAAGAGUUGCUCAGGAGGAAAUUGAUCGGGUUAUUGGUGAGGACCGUAGCCCAACUUGGAACGACUUCGCAGCUCUGCCAUACAUCAAUGCGAUUAUGAAAGAGACGCAUAGAUGGAGACCUGUCACACCCCUAAGUUUCCCCCACUGCUUAACAAAGGAUGAGUACUUGGACGGCUUCCUCCUUCCCAAGGGAGCCACCAUAAUCUUGAACGUUUGGGGUAUCCAAAACGACGAAUCGGUUUACCCACGCCCCGAAGAAUUUGAUCCUUCACGUUUCAAAGACCAUAAAUUGCUCGCUCCCGAAUACGCAGUCUCAGAUUGGAAAUUGCGCGAUCACUACAGCUUCGGCGUUGGUCGUCGAAUUUGCCCGGGGAUCCACCUAGCCGAGAGGAAUGUCUGGCUCGGUGUUGCCAAGCUGUUGUGGGCGUUUAAAUUCGAAAAAGCGACAGGAGCCGAUGGCCAGCCAAUCGAGAUGAAUGUCGAUCCCAAAACCGGCUAUACGGAAGGCUUCCUCCAUUGUGCCUUACCGUUUAAAUGCAAAGUGACCGUCCGUAGCGAGGAGCGGAGGAAGACCAUUCUCAAAGAAUUCGAGUUGGCUAAACAGGUUUUUAACGAAUACACGGGGUAG